CUCCACCCACCCACCCACGAAAGGUACAAUCAUCAAAGUAUGCAGCGCCCCGUCGGGUCUCUGUCUCAAUUACCAUGACCCAGACCCAACGCAACGCAACGGAGCAUCUCUCCCAUUCACAAAGACCGUACACAGAGAGAGGAAGAGAGAGGGAGAGGUUCUUCCUUCCUGGAAGCAUCCCAAAGCCUAUUAAAGUUGCCCAUCCCCGAAGGAAGAAGCCCAAAGCCAAUUAAAGUUGCCCAUCCCAUCCCCGUCAAAAGUCCACCUCUUAUUCCUUUUCCUUUUUCCUCGUUUUUUCAGCUUCUCUUUUUUCUCGUUACAGCUGCAAUAGCUUCAGCUUGAUGAAGAAGAUUAUUAUGUAUUUGUAUACCAUGGCAUAAGCCCCCGCGUCUAGCAGACCCACCUUCCUAUCCGCUCUGAUUCUCUGCGGAUUACUCUACCAUUUCUUUUUUCGCCUUUCCCCCCUUCUCUUUUACCAAAAGGUCCAGAGAGAGAGAGAGAGAGAGCAGUCUCCCCCACCCAACCACACCACACCACAAAUAGUAAAGUGGUCUCCCACCUGACAUAGAGAGCGAGCGGAGAGCCAGCAUCCAUCCUCGCAUCGACAAAUCUUAAAAGCCCGCAGCUUUCUCUUCCAUUUAUUCGCCUCUCGCUUCAUCGAUCUCUUUCCUAUCCUGCACGAACACCGUCUGUAAAUGGAGAUGCGUUUACUUUCCCUGCUCUUGCUUUCUCUCCUCGUUUCUUUCUGCAGUGCCGACAUCUCAGAGAAGGUGGGCGUUUGCUACGGCCAGCUGGGGAACAAUCUCCCGUCUCCUCCCAAAUCCGCAGAACUCAUCAAAACCCUAAAAGCGAAACGCGUCAAAAUCUACGAUGCCAACCCAGAAAUCCUCCAAGCCCUUAGUGGCACCGACCUCCAGGUCUCCAUCAUGGUCCCCAACGAGCUCCUUGCCAACAUCUCCGCCGACCAGAAACUCGCCGACCACUGGGUCCGCACCAACGUCGUCCCCUUCUACCCCCAAGUCAAGAUCAGAUACCUCCUCGUCGGGAACGAAAUCCUCAGCUCCUCCGAUAACACCACCAAGUUCAGCCUCGUCCCGGCCAUGCGCCGGAUCAGACGCUCCGUCAAGGGCCACGAGCUCCGCAAGAUCAAAGUCGGUACUCCCCUGGCUAUGGACGUUCUGGAAUCGUCUUUCCCACCUUCCAACGGGACGUUCCGGUCCGAUGUCUCCGGCUCGAUCGUCAGGCCGUUGUUGCAGUUCUUGAACCGGACCAAAUCGUUCUUCUUCCUGGAUGUGUAUACGUAUUUCCCGUGGACGUCGGACCCGGUCAAUAUUAAACUCGACUACGCUCUGUUGGCGGCGAAGAACAUAACCUACACCGACCCGGGCACGGGCUUAACCUACACCAACUUGCUCGACCAAAUGCUGGACGCCAUCGUCUUCGCCAUGAAAAGGCUCGGGUUUCCGGAUAUUCGGUUGUUCAUAGCGGAAACCGGCUGGCCGAACGGUGGAGAUUUCGACCAGAUUGGUGUCAAUAUUUACAAUGCCGCCACUUACAACCGCAACGUCAUCAAGAAACUGACGGCCAAGCCGCCUGUCGGCACGCCGGCUCGCCCGGGAACGCUUUUCCCGGCCUUCAUAUUCGCCCUGUACAAUGAGAACCAGAAACCCGGCCCGGGCACGGAGAGGCACUUCGGGUUGCUGUACCCGAAUGGAUCGCAUAUCUACGGGAUUGACUUGUCGGGGAAGACGCCGGAGUCGGAGUACAAGCCGUUGCCGGCUCCGACGAACAACGAGCCUUACAAGGGGAAGAUAUGGUGCGUGGUGGCAGAGGGGGCGAAUCGGACCGAUCUGGCUUCGGCGUUAUCGUACGCUUGCGGGCAGGGGAAUCGGACAUGUGACCCGAUUCAACCCGGAAAAAAGUGCUAUAAACCGAAUUCGUUGAUCCGGCAUGCGAGCUACGCAUUUAGUUCGUAUUGGGCCCAGUUUCGAAAGGCUGGUGGCACUUGUUACUUCAGUGGGCUCGCCGUUCAGACCAUCAAGGACCCAAGUUACGGCCAGUGCAAGUUCCCAAGCGUUACUCUUUGAACUACCAGUGAUUUAAUUUGUUGGUGACAAACAACCCCCCCCCCCCCCCCCUCACUUUAAUAAUAAUUAUUAUUAUUAUUAUUGUUUAUUUGCGGGAUCACUCACUUUUUUGUUUUGUUUAGUUUAAUUUAAUUUAAUGUGUUUGCGUUGAGCCCACUUUUUUGUUUUGGUUCUACUACAACAUGUAACGGCUAUAAGAUUCUUUGUUCAGUAUUGCGGCGCACCCCAUUAAUGGAAGAACGGCCACAUUUGAAAUUC